AUGGGAGACAUAGCUAGCCCCCAAGCCCCAGAUAUGGGAGCACUCCAGCAGGAUGCCGCAAAGGUUGUCCACACAGCGGCACCUAGUGGUCCUCCACCAGCUCAGGGCAAGACGGAAACCAGUCUUGAGCACGAGCUCUCUCCUGUGUCUCAACAGCAUCAUGCCGCAUCUCAGCACGCUUUCGCAUCACAGUUCGACAUGUCUCAACUCCCUUCAGGUCCUCGACCCGGGCCAUACAACAUGGCAUCCGUGGCCAACGCUCUCCCAUCGAUGGGCUUCCGACCUGGACAAUACCCUCCGAACAGCCAGCAACGGAUGAACCCCGCAGGGUCACCGCCAAUGAUGCAGCACAUGUCACAAUUCCCUGGACACCCGGCAAUCCCAGUUGCUGGGCAGGGUUACUACCUACAACCGCAGAUGGCACCAUAUUAUGGGAACCAGAUGCCCCAGCCUCAAGCCACAAAUCCAAUGGUUCAAAGGCAGAACAUGGCAUAUUUCCCAAACCAGAUGAUGAUGGGCCCUCAGCAAUCAACUUACUACUAUCCCCCCGGCCCCCAGUACCAGCCUCACGCGCAGCCAGUACCAAAUGGCAUCAUCCCUGGUCAUUAUCCUGGUGGAGGGUCCAUGCCCAACGAACCAAGAAUCGUGCCGCAACAGGCAGACUAUGGAGCAGUUCACCCACAGCCUUACAAGCAGGGACAAGAUGGGUCAGAGAGGGAGAGACAACAGAGUGUAGUGCGGGGUCCUCCCAGGAAGCCACGACAGAGUGGACACGCGAUAUGGAUUGGCAAUCUUCCUCCGCAGACCGAUCUUAUGAACCUCGUCCACCACGUUUGCAAGGAAACAUCAGGAUUAGAAUCCCUUUUUCUUAUCUCCAAAAGCAAUUGUGCGUUUGCCAACUUCAAGGACGAAGAAACUUGUAGCGCAGCACAACAGAAAUUACACGAUUCGAAAUUCCAAUCGGUUCGCCUUGUCAGCAGGCUACGCAAGAGUACGGUGGAGAGUGCUGCUGGUGUGACAGCCCCGACUGGGCCAUCAGUGGCUACGGCAGGUCCCAAGGCUGAACCCGUCUUGGACAAGGCGCAAGUAGAGGUCGAACUGCCGAGCCCAAUGGUCGAAUCAGCAGUUCCCAUCAAGUCCAUUAUUGCUGGCGAUGCUUCAUCACAGAAAGAUAAAUUCUUCAUAUUAAAGAGUCUGACGAUCGAAGACCUCGAAUUGAGUGUCAACACAGGUAUUUGGGCUACUCAAUCGCAUAACGAGGACGCAUUGAACAAUGCGUUCAAGGUUGCUGACAGCGUCUACUUGGUCUUCUCGGCCAACAAAUCCGGCGAAUACUAUGGUUAUGCCAGGAUGGUAUCGCAAAUCAACGAGGACCCUGCAGCAGCCAUCGAGUUUGCGCCAACGGCCCAGGCGACGAGCGACCUCGACCUCCCAAAAGCCAUACCGACCGAAGCGACUGAACAGGCUCCCAAAGGCCGCAUAAUUGACGAUUCCGCCAGGGGUACUAUAUUUUGGGAAGCUGAUCGGGAGGAUCAAGAGACACUGUCGGAAGAUGAGAGUGAGGCUGAAGUGUCAAGUACCAAGAGUAACGACGGAGAGGGUGGCCCUACUAAGACGUGGGGAAAGCCUUUCAAGUUGGAGUGGUUGUCUACAAGCCGUCUACCAUUCUACCGUACCCGGGGGUUGCGCAACCCGUGGAAUUCGAAUCGCGAGGUCAAAAUCGCACGAGACGGAACCGAGCUUGAACCUUCAGUUGGUCGGAGACUCAUUGGACUUUUCAACCGCGUGCAGAGUCCAGAGGCUGUGCACCAGGGUGUGCGGGUUCCCAUGGUCAUGAUGCAAAGUUUCGCCCCAGUACGGCCAUAUGGACGAUAA